AAAAUAUGUGAAAAUAUAGUUUCCGCGCCCUAUGUAUAUACAUUAAAUCAAUCAGUAUAAUUUUCUCCAUAACAUACUAAAAUUUCAAGAAGAUCGUGCAUAUACAACCUAAACUAAAUAAUUACCAAAAUUUAAGUUGAUAUAAUAAUAAAGGAAUUUGUUCGGACUAGUCCACAGCUUAUUAAGGUAGCUCCUAUCAAAAAGAAAUAAGAUGAAAUUGUCAUUUAUAUUUGAAUUAUUACUAAUAUUCAUAUUAGUAGCAUUUGCAGCAUCGGCUGUAAUAGAUUCAAGAGCUAAAUUUAAAAAAAGGGUAACUGGAAAAGUUACUACAAGUACAACUAAUAAGCAAAAUGAAAAUACGAAUCAAAGUGCGUCCAACAAAUUUUGCAAAUGUGCGAAGCAAAUGUGUAAUUGUUGUAGAGAUUUUAAUAUAAGACUUCUUAACUUAAAAGGACCAGGCUGUGCCUCAUUACAGUACUUACAAGGAGAUCAACUGGCAAUUUCGAUGAGUUUCAACGACAGAGUACUUACCAAUACGACAUUACAAGGUCGGAAACCACCACCCAUUUGUAUGCCAUUACCAGGUGGAGUUUCAAAAUUCUGCGGCCGUGUUUAUAAUAUUGGCCGCCAAGGAGAAGACUUUAAGGCUUGUCUAGGACUCGAACUUCGUGCUCUUAAUGACAUAGAAGCCGCUAUUCGCGUAUCAUGUUUCCGCUUUGGCCCUAAGGGUCUUAGACUAGAAGCACCUGAACCUUUACCUCCAUUAGAAAAUGAAAAUGAUGAUGACGACGACGACGACGAUGAUGAUGAUGAUGACGACGACGACGAUGAUGACGAUUUUGAUUUUGAUGGAGAUGACGAUGAUAACGAUGUCGAUUCUGUUGACUACAGCGUUUUUGAUGAUGAUUUUAUUGGUGAAUACUUCCAAGAAGAAGAAGAAGAAGAUUCUGGUACUUAUGGUAACAGUAAUAAAAAGAAAGUGUCUACAACAACUACACAAGUACCAUUUAGAAAAAUCACGAGAAAACAUCAAUACAAGCCUGUAGAGAAAAAACCAGUUCGUACAAAAUCCAAACCUCAAGUGAUGAAUAGCAGUACAACACCACGAACAACUGCGAAGAAAACAGCGCCAACAAUUAAAAAGUUACGAACAACCACAACUAGUCAACCUAUGAAACUCUCCACUGAAACUAUCACUACUCCUAUAGUUGUUGUGAAUGAAUUAACUUCAGAAGAAGCUACAGUUAAGAACGGAACGUUUACUGAACUAAAGGCAACUGAUAUUGAUAAAAACAAUAGAACUAUCGAAUUUUUACCACCAACAGACAUGUUCACAAGUCCAGUACAAUCAUCUACACAUAAGAUUGAUGUCACUUUAGUAACCACACAAAAAGUAGAAGUAAAUACUAACCACGUACCACAAACGGAAGCUUCUACUAUUAGAGAGGAAGAAGAAUCGUCCGAAGAAAGUGCAGAAGUUAUAGAUGCUGUUGGAGAUGUUUUAGAAGAAGAAAUAUCUGAUUCAACCGAAGAAAUAACCACCGUUAAAAUCAAAACGACAGCAGCUACAACGGUAUCGGAAGAAUCUAAAGAAAUUUUAGACGAUGUAAUUGAUGGCAUGGUAGAUACAUUCACAGAAUCUGAAGAAGUUAAGGCAUAAAAACGCUGGACAUGUAUAGUCAAUAUCUUUUCAAAUUAUCAGUGUUUCACAUAAUAAUAUAAAAUACUUUUAUAUAAAUGUUAAAAAAACACAUAUGCUGAAUUAUAUGCCAAGAAAAGUUGCAAAAACUGAGAAAAUUUAGUUUCAUCGAUUUUUAAGCAAAUAUUGGGUGUAAUAAUUUAUUCAAAAAAUUAUAUUUAUAGUUUCUUGCUGGAAAAAAUGUUCAUAUUUUGAGUGAAUCGGGUACAGAUAUCAAUUAAUACAUUUUUAUCCCGUUCAUCAAACAUUAUUCCAUUACCCACUUAAGUACAAAUAAUGUAAUAAUUUAUCUAAUUAAUUAUUAUAAAUAUUUGUUGGUUUACAUAUUUAUUAUUUAUUUAAUUUAUUUAUUAAUAUUUAUUUUGU